AAUUUUAGGACGUUGGCUCGAGCUCGAACGAAACGAACGAACGAAGGAAGCCACCAGCUCAACCAACUUACGGUUUACGCUAAGAUUAAGUGCUAAAACUCGAAACGAAAGAAAGUGCGACACUGGUUUUUCUGUCACAAUGGCUGAAAGCGGGGAAGAAGUGAACAAAGAUGUUGAACUGAAAAUAGAAAAUGAAGAGGAGGAAAUUGAGAUGUUACAAGAACAAGAAGCUGAAAGCCUGUUAGAAAUUGCUCCAGAGGAAGACGAAUCCAAUAUCAAAGAAGUUUCUGAAGUACUUGAUACUUCUGAGGAUGUAAAUAAUGAAGCAGAAGAGGAAACUACGUUUGAUCAAGGAAAUGAAGAUUUAUUGGACGCCGAAGGAGCAUAUCUGAAUGAGGAUGGUGAAGGUGAUGGAGGCGACACGAUUGAAGGAAGAGAUGAUGAUACUGGAAAAGAUGUAGAGGAAGAGGAUGAAGAAGAAGCUGAAGAGGAAGAGGAGGAAGAAUUGGAGGAAGAAAAGACAGAGAAAAAAAUUGUUGACCCAAAUGUCAUGCCACAAGUGAAUGUGGCAGUUCUUGCGAAGCGAAAGUGGCAAGUGAAAGUAUAUCCUUUGAAGCCUGCAGACUUCACAAGUGGAUUAAUCGCCAGAGUCUUCAAGAGUGCAAGAGAAAGUCUGUUGUAUCUCAUGACAGGAGAGUUUUCAAGAGGAAAAGGAGAAAUGUAUAUCCAGUCUGUGACUGAGAGCAUACGAGUUGUACGCAGUCUGAUGACCUUGGAUUCACACUUUCAAGAAAUCAAUAUUGAAGUUAUCAGAAAAAAUGCAGAAGGUGUCAUUCAAGAAAAAGCGUACAUGAGGUUUGAUACCAAGAUGGUGCGGAUGCUGUUUGUUGCCAUGACAGCUGGUCCUCUAAAAAAUCAGGGUCAUUUAUUUGGCAGGAAGAGGGAAAGAGUGAUUGGCUCAGUUUUCGUGAAAAACCUGCCACCUGGCACCACCAAGAAUAUGUUGAGGGUCAUGUUUCCAUUUGCUCAAGAAAUCAAUUACAAUCCCGAGAAGUACACAGAUGGCACUGCCCGUCUGGUCCUGAAGACACGCAGCACAGUCAUCCCAUGCUUGAAGGCUUUUGCAAAAGUGGAGCUUGGAGGAAACAUCCUUGAACUUCACCCCCUUGAAAAAAAGAAACCACCAGCAGCAAAGGAUGAAUCAGGGUCCAGGCGCAGGUCUUCAUCUCAAACAGUGGAAAAAGAGGGAGCCAAGACAGAAGGAUCGGGAAGCAAGUCUCAUGCAGACAGCAAGUCCUCAGAAGACGGAAAGAGGGAGCCCUCUAAGAGCAAGGAGCAAGUCUCAUCCAAAUCUGGGGAUAAAAAGGAAGAAAAAGACAGCCCAAAAAAGAGAGAAUCAUCCUCAGCUUCUUCAAAGAAAGAGGGAGAUUCAAAGUCACCGCAAGCUAAGGGGAAAGAGAGAAGUGCAAGCUCCCAACAGAGGCGGCCUGGUUUUGGGAAUCUGAAGAACCGCACAGGACCCUAUAAAAAAUUCCCUCCCACUCGAGAUACAUUCAGGAGAAGCAAAGAUACAGGAGGACCGAAGAGUUUUGGGGAUAACAGAUCUGGUUUUAGGAAGCCAGGCUUGGCUGGAAAUCGAUUUGGCAACAGAACAGGUGGACCCCAGAGGUCGCAGAAUUUUGCUGGUGGGAGCCGCAGUCUAGGGUCUGGAAUGCGCAGUGGGAGGGGAAGCAGAGGGACCAACGACAGGAGAUUGAGUGGCAGUCUAAACGUCGGCGCAGAGCUUGCUGCCAAAGCGGAGGCCACAAAGGACAUGAUGAUUCUGCAGAGCCAACUGAACAUGGCCAUCAAGAGUCAGCUGGCCAUGCUGAACCAGACCCAGAUGGCCGUGGAGCAGGCUAAGAGAGGAGCCAGCAGCGUGGGGCUGGGGGGUGGCCUCAGCAUGGCCGGCUCUUCAGGUGUUUUGGGCGGAAGCAGCUAUGGGAUGUCCCAGCUAGCUGAACAGAGCAGAAGAGACCCAGUUGGCGACAGAGGCUAUGGCGCUCGCAGCAGGUCGCGGGACAGAGGGGCCAACAUGGAUGAUUCUGCAAAUUGGGCUUUUGGCAAGAGGAGUGCAGCCCAGGCUGAUCUGGGUGACGACUACGGUGACGCUGGCUACGUGAGGAAGCGCAGCUCAGGGAUGAGGAAUCGCGGAGGAGGAGGAGGCCGCUACGGGCAGCAGAAUCGUGGUAUGGGACAACAGAGUCGGGCUUUGGGACAACAGGGCCGAGCCUUUGGAGGAGCAAACAGGAGUGGUUCGGAGGCCUACGACGAGGACUCCUACAGACACGAUUCCUAUGCUUUGCGAGAACAAGCUGAAGAUCCCUACAGUUAUGGUCCUACUGGCAGAUCAUUUGGCGGUGGGGCUUCUUUGGAUAGCAGUGCGCGUUCUGGGAACUAUGACAGUGAAGGUUAUGGUGCCUACAGAUACUAGUGGUACAGACUUGCAUUUUUGGUUCUUUAGUAGGCCUGAUUCACAUUUCCGGACCACCUGAGUCAUGCCUAAAUAAAAAUUGGGGGGACUCAUGAUGCUCAUAUUUUUGUUUUGUUUUGAUGUUUAUGGAAAGGCUCCUUAUAUAUAUUGAUCUGUUUUGUUGCCUGCUGAAUAUUUUUUUAUCCCCGGGGAGCUCCUUUUAAAGACUUUGAUGGUGUUGUUUGUUUCCUGUAUUCAGUUCAAAAUUUUUGCCCUCCUGGGGGGGGGGGUUUACUACAUGUUUUAUGAAGCCAUUCUUACAUUGCCUUGUGUUCAUUACAUUGUAUUAUUGUGCAAGGCGCUUAUUUUGUUCCCAUGAUGUUGUAAAAAUGUUCAAAUGAAUAAAGUGACACUGAUUUUAUCAAAACAAAAUA